UGUUCAGUUCAGAGAAAGCGAAACUUAAGUCGGUUAUUGUAUGUGUUUAUCUGUGUGUACUGUACGUACAGUGAAAUGGCAGAAGCCAGUAUUUCUCAAGAUAGCUUAAGAUGUUCAGUGUGUCUGGACUUACUGAAGGAUCCAGUGACCUUUCCCUGUAGACACAGUUACUGUAUGAGCUGUAUUACACGCUGCUGGAAUGAUCAGAUGGAAGGCUACAUGUGCUCUCUCUGUACCUUCACUCCAAAACCUGCUUUGGAUGUGGAGUGUGACGUCUGUCCUGGUAGAAAACACAAAGCUGUCAAGUCCUGCCUGGAGUGUCUGAAGUCUUUCUGUCAAAAUCACCUUGAACAACAUGAAAGUAUUUUCCAAGAUAACAAGCACAAUCUGAUGGAUCCAACCGGACGACUCAAUGACAUGAUCUGCCCAAAACAUAAAAAACCUCUUCAAAUCUACUGCCGUACCGACCAGCAAUGUAUUUGUUAUCCGUGUACAAUGGAAGGACAUAAAAAUCAUGAAGUUAUAACAGUUGAAGCAGAAAGGACUGAGAAACAGAGGCAUUUGAGAGGGACACAAAGGAGUUUCCAGCAGAGAAUUCAGGAAAGAGAGAAGGAGCUUCAGGAGGUGAGAGAGGCUGUGGAGUCUCAUAAGUGUUCUGCACAGAUGGCAGUAAAAAGCAUUGAGAGGACCUCUAAUGAGCUGAUUCAAUUAAUAAAAAAAACCCGCUCUGAGGUGACACAGCUGAUCAGAGAUCAGGAAAAGGCUGCAGUGAGUCAAGCUGACGGAUUAUUAAAGCAACUGGAGCAGGAGAUUGUUGAUCUGAGGAGGAGAAACGCUGAACUAGAGCAGCUUUUACACACAGACGAUCUCAUCCAUUUCCUGCAGAGUUUCCAGUCUGUCUCUGCAGCUCCUGAAUCUACAGUCUCACACAACCUUACUGUCAGCCCUCUGCUCUCUUUUGAUGAUGUGAAAAAAUCUCUCUCUCAACUGAAAGAAAAACUGGAGAAUUUCUGCAAAGAAGAGACAGAAAAGAUAUCUAAUAAAGUUACAUACAUCACAUUUAUUCGCACCAAUAAACCCAAGGCCAGGACUGAGUUCUUACAAUAUUAUAGUGCGUUCACACUGGAUUCAAACACAGUGAAUCAUUGUCUCCUUCUGUCUGAUGGGAACAGUGUGGCUAUAGACACCGAUACAGAACAGCAGUAUGCUGAUCAUCCAGAGAGAUUUGAAUACUGUGCUCAGGUGUUGUGUAAAGAGAGUGUGAGCGGACGCUGUUAUUGGGAGGUUGAGUGGAGUGGGAAUGCUGGUGUGUAUAUAUCAGUGGCAUAUAAGACCAUCAGCAGGAAGAGUAAUGAAGAAGAAAGUUUAUUUGGACAUAAUAAUCAGUCCUGGGGUGUGUACUGCUGCCCCUCCAGUUAUUCCCCCACUUCCUUCAUCCAUCAACUCCCUAUACUGGAUUCCAAUAAAAGAGUGGCCAGUAUAAAUACUAGAGUCCUUCCUGGACUUCAGGCUUUAGUCAGGCAAACACAAGGGACAGGGGGGCAGUCCAUAACUUUGCGCAACAGUAAAAUGACUAAACUUCCCGUGUCCUCCACCUGCCCUAAAAUAGGAGUGUUUGUGGAUCACAGUGCAGGAACUCUGUCCUUUUACAGCAUCUCUGACAUAAUGUCUCUCAUCCAUAGAGUCCAGACCACAUUCACUCAACCUCUCUAUCCUGGGUUUACUGUAUAUAAAGGAUCGGUAGUGAAGCUGUGUCAUUUUACAAAACUUGGCAUAUAGACUUCUUCGCAAUUUAUAAACACUGGUCCAGAAGCACUUCUGCUAUAUAUAUAUAUAUAUAUAUAUAUAUAUAUAUACACACAGUAUAACAAAUAUUUCAUGCAGUUUUGUUCAACAAGGAAGUUUUUCUGGACCACCGCUGUUUACAUCAUCCGAAGUGGUCUAUAGGGAUUUUACAAUAAUUACAGAUAAGAAAUUGUUUUACACUUUACGUAAGCAUUGUAAAGUAACAUAGGAUUUAUUGACUGUUUUUGAGUUUAUUUAUUUUUCUCAGAUUUGUAUAUUUGUUUUGAGCACAAAUUAAUGUAACAAGACAGAUAAACGCAGUUGGUGUACUUGUAUUUUAUUGUUUAAUUAUAGCUCUGUCAGAUGUAGAGGGUAUGCAUUGACGUCCCAUUCCCAGGUGAACAUGUCGGGACACGCUCCCCUGGGUGGCAAAACACCCAGCAAAAUGGCUGAGGAGAAUAGGAGAAGCAAAGAAACCGGGACUCAAACACGCAAUUAUUUGCUGAAAUUACAAGCAGCUGGACUCGGCGGUGAUCCUUACGACUUCCCUCCGACUUACAAAGGAAUCAGGUGUAACUGGACACUGAAAAGUUGCGUGGAAUUGCGUUUCCUGAUGUUGUAAGCAGUCAUUUUGCUGAGUGUUUUGCGACCCUCGGGGAUGCGUUCCGGCGUGCUCACGUGGUGUUGACGUGUAAAGUGACGACAUGUCCAUACCCUCUAUACUGGGACAUUGAUUUAAAGUUUGGGGCAGUAACCUAUAGCUAGCUAAUGUAAUUGCUUGCAUUAUAAUUCUUCAGGUCAAUUUUUACAGUUUAAUGUAUUUUUAAGGGUUUAAUUAAGGGUUUUUAUGCAAAUAUAAAUUGUAUGUAAAGAUAUAUCAUGGAAUGAUGUCUGUUUAAUCCUAUUGCUCGAGUUGGCACCAUGGCUGCUGUCAACAUAUGUUUUAAUGUUUUUUUUCUAGUUUUAAUGCCUUAAGAAAAUCCCUCUUUGGGUUUUAAUUUUAUAUUCUGUUUUAGGUUUUUAAAAACAGAAGGUUCAAUUAAACGCUUAAAGUUCAAUCAAUAUAAAAUUAACAUUUGUUUCUCUUAAGACGUAAUCAUUGUAGUUUCAUUUUUACCUUGAAAUGUAACGGUUGCCUUUCUGAAAUAAAACCUUAAAUAAUGACGUAUGUGCCCAACAAAUGCCUUCGAAUUGAGACGCAGCGAUGGAUUUAUCUUAUAAAGGCUGUAGACACUUGUCUUGGGAGAUCUUGUCAAAGGAAUAAAGAAAAGGUGUUUGUCUAUUAGAAUUUAUUGUAAAAAAUAAUGCAUUUGCAAAUAAGUUUUUCAUUUUUUUAGGCUUACCACAAGCUAUAAACAGACUUUCAAAGCCAUACAGUUUAAUAUGUACAUAUUUAUUGAUAAAUGUUAUCCCUAAUAAAACGCUGAAAAC